GACGCCCUGCGGACGCGCCGUGGUUUUCUCGCAGGGUGUCGUUCCGUGGCGCAGUUGAAAACACAUCAGCAGCUCGAUCUUCGCUCGCCGCCGUCAGAAGGAGGAAGUGCAGCCAUGGCGCAGGGGCUCAAAAACAGAUUUGAAAAGUUUCUCCACGAGAAGAGUCUUGUUACUGACGUGUUGGCAAAGAUCGAAGCAAAAACCGGAGUGAGCCGGACCUACAUCGCUUUGUUGUUGAUCGGUGUGAUCGCAGUUUAUCUGGUUAUUGGUUACGGAGCUUCGCUGCUGUGCAACCUGAUCGGUUUCCUUUACCCAGCAUACAUUUCAAUCAAGGCCAUUGAAAGUGCCACCAAAGAUGACGACACUAAGUGGCUGACAUACUGGGUGGUCUACGGACUAUUCAGCGUGGCUGAAUUCUUUGCCGACAUCUUCCUGUCCUGGUUCCCGUUCUACUACAUUGGGAAGUGUGCUUUCUUGGUGUGGUGCAUGGCUCCGACUCCUUCCAAUGGAUCAAUCCAGAUUUACAACCGCAUAAUUCGACCAUUUUUCCUGAAGAAUGAAGCUAGAAUUGACGAUGCGGUGAAGAAUAUUAAAGACAAAGCAACCGAAGCUGCUGAUAAGUUCAGAGAUGAGGCGAAAAAAGCCACGGCGAACAUCAUCUUUGAGGAGAAGAAGAGUUCCUAAGAGGGCGGCGUUGUCGCUGGAGAUCACCCCGUUACACAAGAAAUGUUGCCUUUUAAGAUAUUUGGGUUUUAAAAGAACUUUAGGUCUUUAAUGGAGUUGUGAUUGACAGUAAUGUUAUAAUUAAGCCAUUGUCUACAUCAUUUUACUUAUUUAACUUUGCCUGUCUGCGAGACAUCAGUAUGUUGCAGUGGAAAUGCUUUAUGAACCAAAUAAAAACAUACAUACUGAA